CACAUAUUAUAUUUAAGUACCGGUUAGCUAAUGGAAUAUAGAUAAGUGAAGACGACUGGGUUUAUAAUAUAUUGAAGUAAUAUACUGAAGAUAACAAUAAGAAUAAUAUUAAUAAAUAAUCAUUAUCAUGACACAACAACAAGAGGAAUUAGAUCAAAUAAAAUCACAGAUCCAAGACCAUCUAAUAUCGUCUGGGAAUUAUGAUAUAAUAAAUAAACAAUUAAAACUAAAACUUUAUGAAUCCGGAUGGUAUGAUAAGGUAACUCAAAUUACUAAUCAAAGACUUGUAGAGACUACUGGAUCAAAUGGUAAUGGAUCUAAUAUAAAUUUUGAUCAAUUAGUAGCUAAUAUUAAACCAACGGCAGAGGAAUUAGUGCCUAAGAAUGUUAAAGAAGAAGUUAUGGAUAAAAUUAGAGAUUAUUUGGAGGAGAUAAUACAAUGAUUAUUAUAUAAUUAAUAUCAUUAUUAUCAUUAUUAUUCUAAUUCUUUAUAAUUCACCAGAAGUCGCUUUUAAUGUGUAAUUCCAACACAAAAUAAUUCUUUUAAUAGCUCAUUAGGCACAGAACUUGUACCAUAUAUAUAUAUUUAUGUUAACGAAAUAGGCUAGAUAAUUAUUAAUACAAAAUUAUAGACUAAUAUAAUGUCUAUGGGUAA